CCCGGACUAACCUAUGAACUAUGCUAUCACCUUCAUUCCCGAACGUGUAGACAUUCACUGUUUUCUCGUACGGUGACAUUUGUUGCGUGUAUCUCCAAUUUGAAACCAAGAAUGGCAUUGAACGGAUUUUACAGAUACAUGCGCUUACCUUUCACAAUAUCGCAAUCACGGCUAUGUGUACGAGGAAUAUCAAGCAGCUAUAAACUAGAGUUUACUUCUGCACACGUUGGGACUACAACUUCAGUGGAAAGACACGAGGAGAUAAAAAAUGUCGUCGUCGUGGGCGCCGGGUCUAUGGGAUCGGGUAUUGCACUUGAUGCUGCUAGAAAUGACUUCAAUGUAGUACUGGUCGACAAAAAUGCUGCCCAGCUCACUAGCUGUAUGACGUUGGUAAGGAGAGGCCUAGAAAGGGUAGUGUCAAAGAAGUUUCCAGACGAGCCCAGAAUGGCAAAGAAGUUUACCGAAGAUACAAUAAGAAACAUCCUCACAUCUACAGAUGCCAUGAUGGCGGUGCAAAAUGCAGAUAUUGUCAUUGAAGCUAUAUCAGAAGAUCUCACAGCUAAACAGGAGCUUUUUGCAGAUUUAGACGAAGCCGCACCGAAGAAAACCAUAUUUGCCUCAAACACAACAUCCUUGCCUAUAGCCCAAAUCGCAUCAGCUACCAAAAGGCAAGACAAAUUUGGUGGCCUUCAUUUUAACCCUGUGCUCAUGAUGCAGCUUGUUGAGGUCAUCAAGUCACCUUUCACCUCUAACAGUACCUACAAGAAGCUGUUUCAGUUUGGAAAGGAUCUUGGUAAAACUCCAAUUGCAUGCAAAGACACUACAGCAUUUGUUGUCAAUCGACUGCUAGUUCCAUACAUUCUGGAAGCAAUUAGGUUGCUAGAGAGGGGUCAUGCAACCCUUAAAGAUAUUGAUCAUGCAAUGAGACUAGGUGCUGGCUAUGGCCAUGGACCUUUUGAAGUUGCAGAUGAGCUAGGCCUAGAUCUUGUUAAAUCAAUAGCAGAUGAGCUUCACAUACAACAUCCAUCAGGCGAUGUAUUCAAAGCUCCUGAUACCCUAAACAAACUUGUGGCUGCUGGAAAGUUAGGAUGGAAGAGUGAAGAGGGGUUCUACAGUUAUCACAAAACUGGACGACAUUAGAAAUUAAAAUUUGACAGUAGAUUAAUUGUAUGUAUCUGUGACUUUAUUAAAACUAGCAUGGAGAAGUUAAAAUCAAUACCUACACAGACAUGAUAUCAGAGCUGUUUUCCCUCAUAAAAAGCAGUGUAAGAAUGAUUGUUUUAUGGCUAAAAGUAUCAUUUUUAAUUUACUUCUUUCAUAUUUUAAUGACAAUGGAUCUAGAUGAA